AUGUUAUCAUCAUCAUCAUCAUCAUCAUCAUCAUCAUCAUCAUCAUCAUCAUCAUCAUCAUCAUCAUCAUCAUCAUCAUCAUCAUCAUCAUCAUCAUCAUCAUCAUCAUCAUCAUCAUCAUCAUCAUCAUCAUCAUCAUCAUCAUCAUCAUCAUCAUCAUCAUCAUCAUCAUCAUCAUCAUCAUCAUCAUCAUCAUCAUCAUCAUCAUCAUCAUCAUCAUCAUCAUCAUCAUCAUCAUCAUCAUCAUCAUCAUCAUCAUCAUCAUCAUCAUCAUCAUCAUCAUCAUCAUCAUCAUCAUCAUCAUCAUCAUCAUCAUCAUCAUCAUCAUCAUCAUCAUCAUCAUCAUCAUCAUCAUCAUCAUCAUCAUCAUCAUCAUCAUCAUCAUCAUCAUCAUCAUCAUCAUCAUCAUCAUCAUCAUCAUCAUCAUCAUCAUCAUCAUCAUCAUCAUCAUCAUCAUCAUCAUCAUCAUCAUCAUCAUCAUCAUCAUCAUCAUCAUCAUCAUCAUCAUCAUCAUCAUCAUCAUCAUCAUCAUCAUCAUCAUCAUCAUCAUCAUCAUCAUCAUCAUCAUCAUCAUCAUCAUCAUCAUCAUCAUCAUCAUCAUCAUCAUCAUCAUCAUCAUCAUCAUCAUCAUCAUCAUCAUCAUCAUCAUCAUCAUCAUCAUCAUCAUCAUCAUCAUCAUCAUCAUCAUCAUCAUCAUCAUCAUCAUCAUCAUCAUCAUCAUCAUCAUCAUCAUCAUCAUCAUCAUCAUCGAAUAUUUAUUGUUAG